CCCGAGGCGGGAGCGGCCUCCGGGGCUGGGACGAGCCCCCUGGGGGGUGCCACCUCCGGGGGGUUGGCACCGACGGUUGUGCGGCGGGAGGGCCGGGGUUUGGGUCCACGUGAGAAGGGGACCACAGGAGAGAGCUAAGGUGGGCCUUGGCUGGUGGCUGGGGAGAAGUUUUCCACUGUAAAGUCUGUAAAGUUUUCCACUUACAGACUUUCCCAAGUCAGGAAUGGGUACGUAAGUGAGUAAAUUUCAGUUACUUAACGCAAAGUAAAAGGGAUUCCUGUGUCGUUGGCCAAAGAUGGCCUCAACGCCGAACCACGUUGUCGGAUGCAGUGGGGAGGGUGGUGGUGGGUAAGAACUGAGCUAGGGAUUGUCCAGGUGGGAACGUGUGAGGUGUCUGGGUGGGUUGGGACACUAAUGUCCAGAUGGGUCAGGAUGCUGAUGUCCAGGUCCUGGCAGUUGUCACAGGCACUUAGAGACCCUCACACGCCAUGCCAAGCCCUUGUCCUGGCAUCCACAGUCUUGGGAACCUGCACCCCUCAGCAUAUGUUUGCGGACGAGUGGCCCACCAGCUUCUCUAAAUUCCUUUUUAUCUGCCUCUGCUAAGUGUUGUGACAACAGAUGCCAGAGUUUACACUAUCUGCUGUGUAAAGGAAGUGUUUUUCAUUUGUGUUAAGUGGGUUUAAGGGUUAUAUCUGUUAAGCGCAGAGCACAGUACACACAGUGUUCUCAUUUCUUUUCUUGUUCCCUCAGGUUUCAAUGGAUUUCACAAAUCCCCCACUAUCUUUAGUAGAUAACGGUUUUGUAAGUAUUUCCUGAUGUGCUGCCUGGAAAAAAAAAUCCGUCUUUGACAGUAGUGUCUCUGAGUGAAGAAAAUGACAAGCCCUGACCCUUUGGGCUCAUCAGAAAAUGAGAUGGAAAGACUGGAAGAAGAACUUAAGAAAUGGAAGGAAAGAGUUGAAAAAGCUGAAAAAGUAAGAGAUUACCUUCUUCAGUGUAAAUCAAGUGCUGAUGAAGAGUGUGUUAAAGCAGAGAAGGAGCUGAUAAAGCUCAAGGACUUUCAAGAGAAACAGCAGAAGGACAUUAUUAUGUCUAGGGACACCCGUCAGAGAGAACUCCAUCUACUAAAGCAAGAAAACGCUGAGCUGAAGAGAGAGAUUGAAAAGCUCAGACACGACUUUGCAGAAUGUAGUUCAGCGCUCACGCAGGAUGGGCAGAUUAAAAAAAAGGUGGCAGAAACGAAAAUGAAGUUCACUCACCUGGAAGACGUGAGGGAUGGUUAUCCAGAUACGGAUACGCACUGCGUUUUUGGUGCAACUACAAAAAUCCCAUUUGGACUGAAUCAAAACCAUGCACUGCUUACUUUCGAAGAUGAGGAAGUUGCCCAGAGACUGAUAGAAAUGGGUAAGCAUAGUGUGAAGCUGGACAGCAAAACAGCAGAUGUGCGUGUGACGCCUUUUACACUUGAAAUGGGAAUCAAAUUUGAGCUCCACGUCACUAUUUCUGGAACGAAGAUCAAUGUUUUGGAAGUACCUGAACUAUCCAUUCCCGAGGACUGGAUGAGAGACAAAUUAGAGCUGAACUUCUACAAAUCCAAGCAGGGGGGUGGCGGUGAAGUAGCAGAUGUGAGCUACGACAGAUAUUCUAGAACAGCCAUUAUUACAUUCCUCAGACCCGGAGCAGCCAAUGCCUUUGUGAGCUGUACUAAAUACCCUUUCUCUGUAAAUGGAAGGUGCUAUAGGCUUCCUGUGUUCCUGAACACCAACGUACACUUGGAAAAGUUUCAGCUCUAUUGCGGGGUUUCUAAGAAGACCAUCCUGUUGAAAGGAAUCCAAGAGACGGAAGAUGAUGAAGAAAGUGUACAGGACAUGAUUGAAAUUCAUUUUCAAAAGCCUAGUAAUUACGGCGGGGAAAUAGAGAAUAUCAAAUACGUAUCGAAAGGAAUAACAUGGGUUUGUUUUGAGGAGGAUAUUUAGCAUGCCAUAGAGGAAACUGUAGGUUGAACUCAUGAAAUUCCAAGUUUUUGCUUCAUCAGAGGCAUGGAAAGUCAUGUACAUUGUGCUUUAAUAUUCUGAAAUUUAUACUUGAAAAAGAGGAGCCGCCUGUCUUUCUGAUUUGUGUAACAGCACAGACUUUGUAUAGAAAUUCAGUAAAACUCACUGUUCGGUGUGCCAGAGGUUCCUGAUUAAGUCACAGAAAAAAAAGCGUUUACUUGUACUUGAAACUUAACUGAAGAUUGCUUUCUGCAAAUUUGCAGAUUUUGUAUCUUGUAGAUCUUGUAUCUUGCUGAUUUUAGAUAGGUCACAUGCUCCCAAGUGGGAUAAAGCUAUUCCUUCUUAUAUUUUGGUUACAAAAGCCAUAUGUGAUCCCAUAAAUUUAUUAUUUGGUUUUAAUUUUUGUUUCUACAAUGACAAUUUUCCAUUCUUUUUGUUCAUGAUUUGUCUUACUUUAAAAUAUUAAAAUAUUGAAGUUAAGAAUGGAGAUGAUUCUUUACCUAAAACUGAUUAUUUUGGAACAAUGCUAGGGAAACAGUCUGAUGGGGCUUGUUGCGUGUGACCUGCUGGGCUGCUGGCUCUGGGAGGGUAUGGAAAGAGGGGUCAGGUGGAAAAAAGCCAUAUAGAGUUUAGGAGAAAUUAAUUUUUCAGCGUGUAAAGUCCCCCUUUCAUUUCCAGUUCAUCCUUGCAGUUGUCAUUCUAAAAGAUCUUUGAAAUAAAAUGGAAGUGCAAAGUUGGAGGCGGA